ACCUCGCUCCACCCGGCCGCCCCGCCCUCCGCCCUCGCAAUAAGGGGCGCGGGCGCGCGGCGGGGCGGCGCAGGGCGGCCGCGCCGUCGGGGCAGCGUGGCGGCCGCGCCAUGGAGCUGUGGCCCUGGCUGACGGCCGCGCUGCUGGGGCUGCUGCUGCUGCUGCGGCUGCACCGCGCCGCCAACUUCUACGCAAGCUCGCGCUCGUACUGCGCGCUCUGCCUGGCCGUGUCGGCGCUCGCCUCGCUCGUCUGCCUGCUGCGCCACGGCGGCCGCACGGUGGAGAACAUGAGCAUCAUCAGCUGGUUUGUGCGGACCUUCAAGUACAUGUAUGGCCUGCGCUUUGAGGUCAGGGGCCGGCCCAAGCUGGACGUCGACCAGCCCUGUGUCAUCAUCUCCAACCACCAGAGCAUCCUGGACAUGAUGGGCCUCAUGGAGGUCCUGCCCCGGCGCUGCGUGCAGGUGGCCAAGCGGGAGCUGCUGUUCCUGGGCCCCGUGGGCCUCAUCAUGUACUUAGGCGGCGUCUUCUUUAUCAACCGGCAGCAGUCCAGCACUGCCAUGAGUGUGAUGGCCGACCUGAGCGAGCGCAUGGUCCGGGAGAACCUCAAAGUGUGGAUCUACCCCGAGGGCACGCGCAACACCAAUGGUGACCUGCUGCCCUUCAAGAAAGGUGCCUUCUACCUGGCCAUCCAGGCCCAGGUACCCAUCAUCCCCGUGGUCUACUCGUCCUUCUCCUCCUUCUACAACAUCAACACGAAGCUUUUCACCUCAGGAAUCAUCAGGGUAGAGGUACUGGAUGCCGUCCCCACCCACGGCCUCACCGUGGCCGAUGUCCCCCGGCUGAUGGACACCUGCUACCAGGCCAUGAGGACCACCUUCCUGCGCAUGUCCAAGCCGGCGCCAGAGAACGGGGUGGCCGAGGGGCCUGCUGCUCAGUAGCCCGGGCCACAGCUGGAGGAUGGGGCAGGCGGGAGGCAGAGGAUGGACAGAGGGGACCCCCUGGCUCCCAAAUAUCACUGUGUCCACCCUCCCCCCGCUCCUGGCUUUCAUUUGGAGCCCCUCA